AUGAAGCGCACGUCUUUGAGGGUGCUGCACGUCACAGCGGCUUUAAUGCAGGGAUGGGGCAAGGGGUCCUCUUCCGGCGGAGGGUGGGGUGACGAUGACGGAUCAGCUGGCGGUGGUUGGGGCUCUGAUGGCAAUGCUGGUGGCGGUGGUGGUGGUGGUGGCGGUGGCUGGGGCGCUGAUGUUGGCGGCGGUGGUCGUAGAGGUCGCGGUGGUUGGGGAUCUGGCGGCAGUGGCGGUGGUGGCGGUGGCUGGGGAUCCGGCGGUGGUGGCGGUGGAAGUCGAGGUGGCUGGGGAUCUGGCGGCAGUGGCGGCAGUGGCGGUGGCUGGGGAUCUGGCGGCAGUGGCAGUGGUGGCGGUGGCUGGGGAUCUGGCGGCGGAGGUGGAGGUCGCGGUGGUCGUGGCUCUGGCAGCGCGUGGAAUGAGGGUGACGCUGGAUGGCGUGGUGCGUCAACGGGUGCGCGCGUAAAUCGUGGUCGUGGUAGUUUUCGCCGCGGACGCGGUGGUGCCAUGGAAGGUGUUUGGGGUCAACCGAGCGCGGUAGACGAGGAGGCAUGGUCAGCAGCCCCGCCCAGUUUCAACCCACCUGUGCGGCGCGUAGACCCCCUCACUCUUACAGCUGUGGAGGUGGAGAUUGAUGGGAUCAAAAAGCUGGUGGGUCAGCGGGUUCAGGUGUCUGGGGUGUCCGACGAAACCACCUGGCAUACACUGAAAGAUCAUUUGCGUCAGGCGGGUGAGGUGACGUUCUGCAAAGUUCUUUCAGGCGGGAGAGCUGUGGUCGAGUUCGUCACUCCAGAAGAUGCUUCCCGCGCCAUCACAGAGCUGCAGGCCUCGGAAUUAGAGGGGGCAACCAUCUUUCUUCGGGAGGACAGGGAGGACACCGUUCUUGUAAAUACACGGAAAAAAAUACGUGAGGCUCGAGAUGCUCAGCUUCGUGCGCGUAAGGAGGAGGCGGAGCAUCGACGACGAGAACAGGCUAUCGCAGAGGGCGAUGUGCCUUCAUCCACAUCUUCAUCCGCGACGGAGGCGGCGACUGCCAAUCCGCAGCUCUGA